UUCGAUUGUUUCAAACUGCUUCAACUGCAGCUGCGUGUAGUGCGUGUGCAGCCCCAGGUCGUGGUGUUAGCUUGGCGGCUAAUUCUGAAACUAACAUCCAGAAGCUUAUUUCGGUUAGUUAGUUAUUUAGGUUAGUUAGUGAUCUUGUGUCGUUAGUUAUCUGUUAACCUGUUAAAGAUGGCAGGCGACGCUGUGAAACUCUCCAAAAACCUGAUGCGUAUGAAGUUCAUGCAGAGAGGUCUGGAUGCUGAGACAAAGAAGCAGCUGGAGGAAGAUGAGAAGAAGAUCAUCAGUGAUGAACAUUGGUACCUGGACCUGCCAGAGCUCAAAGCUAAAGAGAACCUGAUCAUGGAGGAGAAGAGUUUUGGACCUUGUGAGGACCUGUUUUUUGGCCGGCUGUCAUUCAGAGGCUUUAACCCAGAAGUGGAGAAACUGAUGGCUUUGUUCAAUCCAAAAGCUGAAAAGGAGGAGGAAGAGGAGGAAGAUGUGAGGCGGAUGCAGACGGAUGUCACAGAUGAAGAGAUGGCUCUGAGGUACGAGAGUUUAGUUGGAAGCAUGAAGAAGAAGUUCGCAAAGAAGCGAGAGAGAACGUUGAUUGAGGACGUGAACGACAACGAGACGGGGACAGAGAGGAAAAGGACGUUUGUGAAGCCUCAGGACUGAAGAUAUGUGUGUGUGUGUUUUUACGGUUUGUGUGUCAGGAUUAAAGUCCAGCUGUCCUCUCUCCAUCCGGGUCCAGAUAAAUGGACCAACCCGCUUUGAUGACGAUGAUGAGACAGAUUUAAUGAUGAAGAUGGGGGUCAACAUGGAUGUCUGAGCUUCUCAUGUUCAGUCCUCUUCAUCAGACUGGAUGUAAAUGUGCAGGACUUCCUCCACAAAACCAAGGAGCCUCUCCUCUGACCCGGAAGAACUGUGGACCGGUUCACGGAGGUCCUUACAGAACCAAACAGCUCCCACGACGUUCCCAAGAUCUGUUUUUUAAUUUUUUAUUCAUAACGUUUCUGGAGAAGUUUGAACUUUUUCUAAAUAAACCAGUUUGAGGUUCUGA